AUGUCUCACGACCAGUCCCCCGAACCAACUCAGCCUUCGCCUGCAGAUCAUGCGUCAUCUCCCUAUCGACUCGCCUCUGUCGCCGAUUCUCCAAUGCCCUCAAUAGCCGGGGGUCUAUCCCCGCUGCACCGUUGGACACUCUCCGCCUCCGAUUCCCAAUUCAAUGCCAUAUCAGGUGCCAUUGGUGGCUUCACGUCCGGCGUUGUGACUUGUCCGCUGGACGUUAUCAAGACUAAGCUGCAGGCCCAGGGCGGCUUUACGCUUAUAGACAAGGGGCGGCAUGUCGGACAUCCGAAACUGUACAAUGGGCUGAUAGGAACAGCCAAGGUCAUCCUCCGCGAGGAAGGGAUUCGGGGCCUCUACCGGGGUCUGGGCCCGAUUGUGCUUGGAUAUUUGCCAACCUGGGCAGUGUGGUUUACCGUUUACAACAAGAGCAAGACGUUCUUACACCAGUAUAACGAAAACCCACAUAUCGUGAGCUUUUGGUCGUCCAUUGUCGCUGGUGCGAGCAGCACCGUUGUAACGAACCCAAUAUGGGUUAUCAAGACCCGUUUGAUGUCGCAGAGCAAUCCGAACGUGGCUAGAGGUCACCACGCAUUCGCUCGGCCUGGUAAUACCCCGACAGCAAGGCCGACUCUCCAUGACUGGCACUACCGAUCAACUAUUGAUGCGGCAAAGAAGAUGUACACUUCCGAAGGCCUCUCUUCGUUCUACUCUGGUCUUACACCUGCUCUUCUUGGCUUGACGCAUGUUGCCGUUCAGUUCCCCACCUAUGAAUUUCUGAAGACGACAUUCACUGGGCAGGGUAUGGGUGAAAUCCAGGAAGGAGAAAAGGCUCACUGGACGGGCAUUCUGUCUGCUUCUAUUCUAUCGAAAAUCCUAGCCAGUAGUGCGACUUACCCGCACGAAGUCAUUCGGACUCGGCUGCAAACUCAGAGACGGCCGAUUGCUGGCGAGACUUUCCUGGUAGAUAUGGCGGCACCAGGAGCAAAGGCAGCAUCGGGGCCGAAAUAUAGAGGUGUCGUCAUGACAUUCCGAACCAUUCUCUACGAGGAAGGAUGGAGAGCGUUUUACGCUGGAAUGGGCACCAACAUGAUGCGAGCCGUCCCUGCUGCCACGGUAACAAUGCUCACAUACGAAUACGUCAUGAGGGAGCUGAACAAGACGAAGUUUCACGCUCAAGAGUUAAAGCGGGCACUGGAGGAGGGAUCUUGA